AUGAGCCUAGCAAGAGACCAAGCGGAGGGAUGCCGAUUUCAACCUGAUGAAGUCCUUACGUCGCAGCAGAUUAGUGGCUUCUUCACCCGUCUUUCAGCAAAGAAGCGAUUAAAAGUUACAGCCGCCGGUAACGAAGCAAAAGCUAGUGAAGUAUCAGAAGUGGACAUGGAGAGCGUCGACGAGGACGAAAUUUCUGCCGAAGCUGAGAGUCAUCUAUCUGCAGUGUGUACAAAUGUGGUGAGAGAUGUGGCUAUUCAACAUCCGAUUGUAUCUUUCGAUCUAAACAUCUGCGAACUUGUGUAA